AUGUCGCUCCCAACAUACGAAGAGGCGAUCGCGUGCGCCCAGCCGGACGAGCUCAACAUACAGCAGGAGGCCAACCAGGAGAUCCAGCGAGAAAGGCGCCACGGCCUUGAUGCCGAGCUACAAUCUAUCAUCGACGGCCGUAGUGCCAAAGCACGACUCUCUCAGAUUGCCAACCUCUCUCCAAACGCGAAAAAACUGGCUGACAUCAUAACCUUUGUGAUCCUGACUAGCUACAAGCGUCCCCGAUCAGGACCAUUCUUUCAGACGUUCUGGUUUCUACCAUGGCAGCUGUUGAUGUCAAACCGGCACCUCGAGGUCAUCUGCGAUUGCCUGGAGGAAAGUGUAGAGAUGAAGCAACCAUGGAUCUUUGAAUCCCCGUGGCGCAAAGCCCAUAGCCUGUUCUCGAGGCGUCACAGGCGCUUUGAUUGGGACGGCACGAGAAUUCUGUGUCCAGUCCCGAUUGACAAGAUCCACAAUCCAACAAGGGAACUUGCAGUACCCAUCGAGCCGACGAUGGAGAAGUUGGUCCAGAUGUAUGUUGAAGUGAAUGCCCGUGCACCAGCGUAUGUAGUCACGUGUGGCUACGGACUAGGGUUGCAUCUCUACUAUUAG